ACAUUAAUACAACUCGUGUAAUACCAUAGUAUGCGCUAAAACAAUUUAGGUAACACACUUUGAACGCUAAUUUUUGUCAGUCAGUACCAUUUCUCUAUCAAAAGAAGUAAGAUCAACGUUGUAACUACAUUAUGGAUUCUUCGUCAAGUUCAUCUGACAGUGAUUGGAUAGAAGAAAUGGAAGAAACGGUUGUAGCAACAUAUAUUUUAGAUCAAACCUAUAAGAACCGUCGAUUUUGGGUUCACCCAAUCAACAAGGAAAGGGAUGAAAAAGGCAUAUUUGUUAACUUAUUUCCACAGUUAAUAAAUGACCCGGAAAAGUUUCAUCAAUACUUUCGUAUGUCGUAUGGUCAAUUUACUGAUUUACAUAAUUUGAUAAAGGACGAUAUUAAAAAGCAAAAUACACAAUUUCGGACACCGGUUCCAUCUGAACAGAGAUUAGCUGUGUGCUUAAGAUUUUUGGCUACCGGGGAAUCUUAUAGGUCUUUAGCUUUUAGUUUUCGUCUGGGAUUUAGCACAACCAGAGAAAUCGUUGAAGAAGUCUGUGAAGUCAUCUGGAAAACAUUAAGACCAAUUUACAUGCCGAAACCUACCAAAGAAGAUUGGCUUAAAAUUAGCAGAGAAUAUAAAGAAUUAUGGAACUUUCCCAAUUGCAUUGGAGCUCUCGACGGUAAACAUAUCAAUAUUCAAUGUCCCAUAAAUGGUGGAUCGGCAUAUUUUAAUUAUAAAGGAAGUAAUUCGAUCGUAUUACUUGCUUUGGUAGAUGCUCACUAUAAAUUUAUAACUAUUGAUGUGGGUUCUUAUGGUCGAAACUCUGAUGGACAUGCGUUAGCUAAAUCCGCAUUAGGAAAAGCAUUAGAAAACGGUACAUUAGAUGUUCCACCUGAUACACCAAUUGAAGAAAAUGGAGACCCAAUUCCGUACGUAAUAGUUGCAGAUGAGGCGUUUCCAAUGAAGUCAUAUCUUAUGAGACCAUAUAGCAGGGCAACUUUAGAUGGAAAUGAAGGAAAUAAAAUUUUUAAUUACAGGCUUUCUCGUGCAAGACGUGUUGUGGAAAAUGCAUUUGGAAUACUUUCAAAUCGUUGGAGAGUAUUCCGAACAAAUAUUCAAAUACAACCGAAAUCCGUAGACAACAUAGUACUUGCUGCAUGUUGUCUUCAUAAUAUGUUAUGCCAAAGCCAUGAUUUCCAAUUGGAUGAAAUAAAUAAUUAUGAAAGUACCCAAGGUUUUGUAAAUAUGGUACCAAUAAGAGGAAAUAGCACCCAGAGAUCAUUUGAAAUACGUGACAAAUUUAAAGAUUUUUUUACAUCAUCUGGGGGGGCAGUACCAUGGCAGUACGAAAUGGUUCGGAGAGGAAGAAUUAAUGAUUGAUCAACGAUCCGAAAUAGCAAAAUGCACCUAAACCUUGUAAAAAAUGUUUUAAUUAAAAAUUUUUCUUUAUACUUAUUUAUACUUUAUACAGGUAGGUCGUAUGUACAAUAAAUAAAAACAUAACUAUUAAAAAUUUAUUUUUCGUAUGAUGUAUUAUGUAUAACUGCUUAAGAAAUAUAGGUAUGACACGUAUAAUAAUAUGUCAAUAUGCAAGUAUGUAUUCCUUAUUAUAAAUUAUUAAAAACCUAAUAUCUUACCUGGCAUUUGUAAAUUUGCACCAAUCUCUUCCCAUGCCUCUUUACGAAUGCUAUUAUCUUUAUAGUCGACAGAAAAAAUGUCGUAUAAAGAUUUAUGUUCACGGACAUUUUCAAUUAAUAACUCCUCAAAUGAAGACAUUUUCAAAAAGAUAGGAGAAACAAACAGCAUCGACCGAUGUCUGAAGUAAAAUGAUCGUAUUUUAAUUAAUACAAUACCAUCACACGUCACACGUUUUUCAAAAUUGUUUGAAACGCGUGGCGUGGAAUUGAGUGGGAACGCGUUGUGUGUUAUAAAUAUGAUCACAAAAUCGAAUAAUAUUUAAAAAUAAAUGAGUUAACACGCGAUUUGAAAUUAUCGGCGUGUUAACGCGUGGCAUGUUAAGACGUGUUAAGACGUGGCGUGUGAAUAGUGUGUCCCGGCCAU